UAAUGAAUAAAGCAGCCGCCCAGUCCAUUCCAACAGCCGGCCGUGUCCUUACCGGCGACUUUCCAUCAUUUUAAUAUCUCCUCUUAUCCGAGCAAUGCGUCCCAUCUCCACAGGAUACACAAAUUCCCCACAUCCUUGACAUCCAUGUCUUCCUCUCUUUUUUCUCCCCUCCUCCUCAUCAUCAUCGUCCCUGUUUCCGCCCUCCUCAUCUUUCUCGCCCUAAUCACUCGCCCCCGCCCCACCCGCAUUCCCAUCAAAGGUCGACAUGUCUUCAUUACCGGCGGAUCAAGUGGCAUAGGCUUCGCCAUUGCCCGCCUCGCAGCCGCCGAAGGCGCACGGGUCUCCAUCCUCGCUCGUAACCGCCAGCGCCUAGACGAGGCUCGAGAUUCCAUCCGCCUCGCCACUGGCGUGGAGGUUGGCGUUUACAGUGUCGAUGUGCGAGAUGCCGAAGCGGUGGCUCGUGCGAUCGAGGUGGCGGGGCCAAUCGACGUGUUGAUAUGUAAUCAGGGCGUGUUUACGCCGCAAGAGCUUGAGAAGCAGGAGAUGGAUGAGAUUAAGUUUAUCGUGGAUGUGAAUUUGAUGGGCACGUUCCACCUCAUUAAGGCUGCUCUCCCAAACAUGAAGCGGAAGACGAGAGAGACUGGCCUUCCUUCCUCUAUCGCGAUCAUGUCCGCACAAGCUGGCCAGGUGGGCGUCUAUGGUUACACGGCAUACUCAGCAAGCAAAUUUGCACUUCGAGGAUUGUCAGAGGCAUUGCAGCAUGAGGUCAUUGCAGAUAACAUUUUUGUUUCUUUGAUAUUUCCUUCAGACACCGACACCCCGGGUUUUUCUGAAGAGCUUCGGAGAAGACCUGAGAUAAGCAAAAUAAUUGCUGCAUCGUCUGGUGGAAUGAAGGCAGAUGAUGUUGCCAAAAUAUCUUUGAAUGGCAUCAAAGCGGGAAGAUUUAGCAUUCCUUGCAACUUUGAGGGAACCAUGCUUUCUAUUGUCACUGCUGGUUUGUCACCUCAGAGUUCAUUCAUGGCAGCAUUCCUGGAGAUUUCUUUUGCAAGCUUCAUGAGAUUUGUAGCUUUAUGUUUCCAGUGGAACUGGUUCUCUUCUAUAGAGAAGUGGCAUGCCAAAAACUAUAGCAAGCAGAAUUAGACUUUUUGAAUGCCUGGAGUUUGAUUUGAAGAAGUAAACAAAAGGAUCAAAAUCUCAAGUUAGCAGCAGCAGGCUUUUAAUCAAAAUGUUAAGGAUUUGCUAGAAUUCAUUCUUCUUUUUCGUCAUUUUGUGUUAUGUUCUUUGGGAUUAUAUCCAGCAACGUUUUUAAGUAUUUACAUUUUACCUUUCGUUUUAGUAAUUUGAUAGUGCUUCUAAGAAGUCAGUUUCCGUUGUUCCUCCCUCUUCGCUCUCUCUUAGUUCAUAAUUUCACAUGGACUGAAAAUAUUAGUUCAUAAUUUCACAAGGUUUUCACUGUUGUUUGUUUUCUA